AUGAACCGAGACCCAAGCUCUCUAGCGGAGGCACAGAAGAGCGUGGAAGCCCAUGAACAUAACUUCAAGUGUGGCGAACAGGGACAUUUACAGAGGGACUGCACAAAGUCACGAAGCUCAUCGCCUGCUCGCGGCCGUAGUGACAAACAUUCUGACCAUCAUACUCAGUCCAACAGCGCACCAUUGCCAAGUCACCAGGAACGAGGGUUGAAACUGAGCUGUGCUAAAAGCAAGGGUGAGAGCCUUCAGAUUCCAAUCACUGUGAAUGGCAUUGCAACAGAGGCCGUGGUGGAUACUGGAGCCCAGACAACAGUAAUUUCAGAAGAGCUGUACCAAAACUUUUCAGAAGAGCAGCCCACGAACCUCUGUAAAACCUACCUUCUAAAUGCAGGUGUUGGAGAUGGCAUGAAGGCGAAGCGGGGCCUGUCUGUGACCUUAAAAAUUGCAUCCAAAACAAUAACCUGGCCUGUACAUGUAGCUCCCAUACGUGACUCUGUCCUCCUCGGCCUGGAUCUGAUGAAAGCUCACGAUGUCGUCAUCCACACCCGCGGGAAAGUCUUCAUUGGAAAUGAGCUCGUGCCUUCAAAAAUAGUGGGAGGAGAUGCAGCAGACUACAGCGUGGCCAGAGUGAUCUUGAGAGAAGCCACCACUAUACCAGCAACUUCAGAAUGCGUCGUGUGGGGAGAAGUCGAGAACCCCAGGCCUGGUGUCCCAGCAGUGCUAGAGCCCUUGAACAUCACAGAAGCAGUAGCAUCUGGAAGUGUGGCUACCACGAUGGAGAAGCAAGUGCCGGUCAGAUUAUGCAACUUCUCGACCAGCAAAGCAGCCUUGUUAAAAGGAGUGUGCCUCGGACUCUUAGUGGAGGCCUACCCGGAUGAACCGAAAAGCCUGUGGGAGAAGAAAGCUGCGACUGAUGGUGAGAGUGAAGUAGUCGAUGCGCCACCCCUGGCGAUCGGAAGAGUGGCAACGGUCGCCGACCUGCCCGAGCAUCUCCAUUGCCUGGUGGAGGCCACAAGCGAAAGUCUGAACGAAGAACAACAACAACAGUUCCUCCAGCUGCUACUGACUUACCAGUCCCUGUUCGCUAAAGGUGACUCUGAUCUGGGUUACCUCUCCACUGUCACACACAAGAUCGACACCGGUCUAGCCAAGCCUGUGCGCCAGCGAGUGAGACGGACCCCCCUUGGAUUUCAAGGUGAGGAAGAAGCCCAUCUCCAGGACAUGCUCAGAGCGGGUGUCAUCACGCCAUCAUCAUCAGAGUGGGCUUCCCCGGUUGUUUUGGUACGCAAGAAAGAUGGAGGAGUGCGGUGGUGUGUGGAUUACCGCAGCCUGAAUAGCCUGACAAUCAAAGACGCGUACCCUCUCCCCAAGAUAGAAGAGUGCCUUGAUGUUCUUGGCGGAGCCUCUCUGUUCUCUACGCUGGACCUGCAGUCAGGCUACUGGCAGAUAGCAGUGGAUGGCCGUGACCGUGACAAGACCGCAUUCAUCACCAAAUGGGGCCUCUACGAGUACACACGCAUGCCCUUUGGGCUUUGCAACGCCCCAAGUACUUUCCAGAGGGCAAUGGAGCUCGUCCUUAGGGGGCUGCAAUGGGACAAGUUGCUUAUCUACCUAGAUGACGUCAUCAUCCUGGGUAGGAGCGUGGAAGAGAGCCUCGACCGUCUUGAACAAGUCUUUGAGCGCCUACACAAAUAUGGCCUGAAGUUGAAGCCUUCGAAAUGCCACCUGCUUCAAGAAAAAGUUCUCUUCUUGGGCCAUAUCGUGAGUGGUGAUGGAAUCCGUCCAAAUCCAGCGCUGGUCAGAGACGUACAGCUCUGGGAGCCACCCAGCAACGUUCAAGAACUCCAAGCGUUUCUUGGCCUAUGCAACUACUACCGCAAAUUUGUCUCAUCUUUCGCUGAAAUUGCAAGUCCCCUCCACAACCUGUUAAAGAAAGGAGCUGUGUUUCAGUGGACUGAACACCAUCAAGAGGCUUUCACAGAGCUCAAAGAAAGAUUGACAACUGCCCCAGUAUUAGGAUACCCCAUAGCAGAAGGCCAGUACAUCCUCGAUACCGAUGCAUCCAACCAUAGUGUGGGAGCUGUUCUGUCACAACUCCAGUGGGGAGAGGAGCGGGUACUGACAUAUGGCAGCAGUCACCUUACACCAGCUCAGCAGAGAUAUUGCGUCACCAGACGUGAACUUCUUGCCGUGGUGCGCUUUACCCGUCAGUUCCGUCACUACCUACUAGGAAAGAAGUUCCUGUUACGAACAGAUCACGGCAGCCUCACCUGGCUCUUCCGAUUCAAGUAUCUUGAAGGUCAACUGGCCAGGUGGCUGGAGGAGUUGAGCCAAUACGACUUCCGCAUAGAGCACAGAGCAGGCGUCAAGCACUCAAACGCUGAUGGCAUGUCAAGGCAAGGCACUGGAGAUAUGGACAGAUGUGACUGCUACCAAGCUGGGAAGUACCUGUCAGAGUUACCAUGCCAAGGUUGCAAGUACUGCCAGAGACUUCACGAGCAGUGGGCCAGGUUCGAAGAAGAUGUUGAUGAUGUCAUACCACUGGCGGUGAGAUAUCUGGAGCCCAGCAUGGAGACUGACAGUAAUGAUCAUCAAUUGCAAGCACCAGAACAGACACCAGUACCCCAACCGACCACCCCAGUAGUCAACUGGAUGCAGUCUGUGAGCAACGACCAGCUUGCCCAACUCCAGAAAGCUGAUCCUAUCAUCUCCAUUCUCCAUCAGUGGAAGGACACCAGCACACUUCCCACUAAAGACCAAGUGAUGCUCGAGAGCCCAGCAGUGAGGAAAUUCUGGCUAUGUUGGCCUCAGAUUGUGAGACGCCAAGGAGUUCUCUUCUAUCGCUGGGAGAGAGAAGACCAAGACCCAACACUGUUGCUGCUAGUACCAUCGUCCAUGCAGAGAGAGGUUCUACAGGCUUGCCACAACCCCCCUCACUCUGGACACCUGGGAGAAUUGAAGACUCUGGAACGGCUGCGCCAAGGCUACCAUUGGCAUGGGAUGCGAGAAGACGUUCAUCUCUUCCUGAAAAAGUGCCAAUGCAAGGGAAGCAAAGCGACAGGAACACUAAAGCGAGCCCAACUACAAAGUUACCAAGCUGGUGCACCGUUAGACCGUCUCCACUUAGACAUCCUCGGACCCUUUCCCUUAUCCAGCUCAGGAAACAAAUACAUCCUCGUCAUAAUUGACCAAUUCACCAGGUGGGUUGAAGCCUUUGCUGUUCCUGACCAGGGGGCCGAAACAACAGCCAAGAAACUGGUCUACGAAUUCAUUGCUCGUUUUGGCUCUCCGCUCGAGUUACACACAGACCAGGGCCGUAACUUCGAGAGUUGCCUGUUCUCUAGUGUAUGCAAGCUUCUGCAGAUCACAAAGACCAGAACAACCCCCUAUCAUCCCGCCUCUAAUGGUCAGGUAGAACGGUUCAACCGAACUCUGCUUCAGAUGAUAAGGUGCUAUGUGGACAAAGAUCAGAAAAAUUGGGACGAACACCUGCCACUACUUACCUCCGCCUACCGCAGUUCCCGCCAUGCAGUCACAGGCUUCACACCCAACCAACUCAUGCUCGGCCGAGACGUCCACCAACCCCACGACAUUCAGUCAGGCACUGCAGAGUUCAAGUCAGAUCGGAUGGGAGUAGCCGACUUCCUCUUCCACCUCAAAGAAGACCUUGAAGAGGCCCAUCAGACAGCGAGAAAACAUCUCCGCACGGCACAGGAACGUCAGAAGAGGACAUACGAUGUAAGAGCACAAGAACAGUCUUACAGUGUCGGCGAUCUGGUGUACGUGAAGGAUGACACAAGGAAGAAAGGACUAAGCCCUAAGCUCCAGGCACCAUGGACAGGCCCCUUCAUCAUUUCAGCUCGACGUGGCCCCGUCAUCUACGAGAUCCAAGGUGCUAAGCGCAGCAAGAUAAUGCAUCACAACCGACUCAAGCCGUACACCAGUGAAGUCGUUCCUGCCUGGGUGGGACGUCAGAGGAGCCGUGUGCUACAGCAGCGCCAAGACUCGCCAGACCCAUCACUAGAAGUAGAUGCCCCACCAGUGCCGGGUGUUCAGCACCAAGACCUGCCCGACGCUUCACCUGAUGUAGAUACUCCACAGGUGCCAGGCCAGCUAGACCUGAGAGAACAUCUCGUCACUGCACAGGAGCGUCAGAAGACAUACGAAGUACAAGCACAAGAGCAAUCUUACAGUGUCGGCGACCUGGUGUACGUGAAGGAUGACACAAAAAGGGAAGGACUACGCCCCAAGCUCCAGGCACCAUGGACAGGCCCCUUCAUCAUCUCAGCUCGCCGUGGCCCAGUCACCUACGAGAUCCAAGGUGCUAAACGCAGUCAGAUCAUGCAUCACGACCGACUCAAGCCGUACACCAGUGAAGUUGUCCCUGCCUGGGUGGGACGUCAGAGGAGCCGUGUACUACAGCAGAGGCAAGACUUACCAGACUCGUCACCUGAGGCGGAUGCUCCGAGGGGACCAGACCUGCCAGACUCGUCACCUGUGACGGAGGCUCCGAGGGGACCAGACCUGCCAGAUUCGUCACCUGUGACGGAGGCUCCGAGGGGACCAGACCUGCCAGACUCGUCACCUGUGGCGGAGGCUCCGAGGGUGCCAGGCCUACCAGACUCGUCUCCUGAGGCGGGUGCUCCGAGGGGACCAGACCUGCCAGACUCGUCACCUGUGGCGGAGGCUCCGAGGGGACCAGACCUGCCAGACUCGUCUCCUGGGGCGCGUGCUCCGAGGGGACCAGACCUGCCAGACUCGUCACCUGUGGCGGAGGCUCCGAGGGUGCCAGGCCUACCAGACUCGUCUCCUGAGGUGGGUGCUCCGAGGGGACCAGACCUGCCAGACUCGUCACCUGUGGCGGGUUCCCCGAGGGGACCAGACCUGCCAGACUCGUCACCUGUGGCGGAGGCUCCGAGGGGACCAGACCUGCCAGACUCGUCUCCUGGGGCGGGUGCUCCGAGGGGACCAGACCUGCCAGACUCGUCACCUGUGGCGACCUUGCUUAACUGA